CUGCAUACCAAGAUCAUUCACCAUCAACAACACCAAAACUCUCACAUUUUGUUUGUUUUUUUCCCUUUAGAUUGAUUUCUUUAAUAAUGUCUGGAAGAGGGGAAGUGAAACCGGAGCCAAUGAAAGUUGUGUUCAUUAACACACAAUACGUUGAGACAGAUGCACGUAGCUUCAAGACUGUUGUUCAAGAACUCACCGGUAAGGAUGCCAUCGUAGCCCCCGGUCCUUUCGAGUCUCCAUCCACUUCCGACGUCCGUUGUUACGGUGGAGGUAGUAAAAUAGACGAAGAUUCCAGACGGAGCAAUGGCGGCGGAGGAGAAGUGGGGACGAAGACUGAGUUUGAUAGAUUUUUCAAGGAGAUGCCUCCAAUGGAGGAGUUGUAUAAACUAUGGUCAGAUAAUUGAGUCAUUAACUUGAACUCUACCAAGAUAAUGUCGAUUUAAUCUUCGUUUUGUUCUCAAAUAAAAAAUAUUGCUUUCAUCCACUUCGUAUAUG